AUGAUUGGGACUGCCGCUAGCAUUCUCAACCGAACCGGAUCAGUUGGACUUGCUCUGAUCUAUUGGGUCAUCGGCUUCGUCAUGGCAGCAGCGGGAAUUUGCGUUUACCUCGAACUAGCAGGAUACUUUCCCAACCGCAGUGGCUCUGAAGUGGUCUACCUGGAACAACAAUACCCUCGGCCGAAGCAUUUCUUCCCAAUCACGUUUGCCGUUCAGUCUGUGCUUCUGAACUUUGGAAGCAGCAACGCAAUUGUCCUGGCUCGGUAUGCUUGGAGGAUGACGCUCAAGGAGCCAACUGAGUGGCAAGUUCGAGGAGUAGCUAUCGCGCCGUAUUCGUUGGCCAUCAUCUUCGCCGGUGCUAAUAACAAGUGGUCGCUUUGGGCAUCUAACUUUAUCGGGGCUCUGAAGCUGUUGACUCUGUUAUUCAUCAGCAUAACUGGCCUGGUCGUUUUAGGCGGCCACGUCAAGUCCAUUCCGAACCCAACCGCCAACUUUCACAACGCUUUCGAAGGCGCCACUGCCAACGGAAACGAUCUCGCUAGUGCCCUAGUAAGUAUCGUGUUCUCAUAUACAGGUUACUCCAACGCCUUCAACGUCGUCAACGAGAUUAAGAACCCGAUUCUGACCCUCAAGAAGAAUACGAGCGUUGCGCUUUUAGCCGUCGUUGUCCUUUAUAUCUUCUGCAAUAUCGCUUACUUUGCGGUUGUUCCCAAGGACGAGUUCAAGGAAGCCAGUGAGAUUGCUGCGUCCAUCUUCUUUACCAAGCUCUUUGGUGAAAGCAGAACGGCUGCGAAUGUCCUCAAUUUCAUGGUUUUGUUGAGUGCGUUUGGAAACCUGCUUGCAGUUUUGAUCGGAAACUCACGCAUGAUUCGGGAGAUUGGAAGACAAGGCGUCCUGCCAUUCACAGAGUUUUGGGUCUCAACAAAGCCCUCCGGUACACCCCUCGGCCCUUGUUUGCUCAACUUUGCCGUCACCAUCAUCAUGAUCAUUGCCCUACCGGCCGGUGAUGCCUUUGCCUUUGUCGUCAGCUUGCAAACAUACCCUUCAGCACUCUUCAACUUUGCCAUGGCCAUCGGCGUCUUUGUCCUCUGCCGCCAUCGCAAGCGAUCUGGUCUCGUAUAUGGAGAGUUCAAGGCGUGGGAUGUGAUGGUCAUCUUUUGGACUGUUGUGCAAAUGUUUGUCCUCGCAAUGCCUUGGUGGCCACCAAAGGGCGGUCCAUACGCUGGAGAUGUCGGCUUCUGGUAUGCGACAUAUUGCGUCGUUGGAAUCGGAAUCCUGCUCCUCUAUGGAAUAUACUACUUGUUUUGGGUGUAUCUCCUCCCACGCUGGGGAGGAUAUGUCAUUCUCUCUGAACUUAUCGAAGUAGGCACCGAUGGAGCAAACACUCACCGUUUACUCAAGAUACCAAAGGCACAGAUUGGUCAAUGGGAUAGGCAUCAUGACGAGGCGGGAAAGCUACACCAGGGAAACGUGGCACUUGUUAACUAG